AUGGGAGACGCGUCCUGGUACCAUAGCGCCUGCGUCAGCGUCCGCGCCGCCACGGGCCUCCCGCCGUACUGCCGCCACGUCAUGUUGCACUUUGUCUACGAGCACACGACCUCGAAGCGCGUCUUGACCAAGAGCCCGCCGGCGACCGUCCGCCAGCAUGGCAUGGCCAUCUGGACCGACGCCACCGCAUGCGUGCCAACGACGAGCCCGUGCGUCACGAUCGAGCUCUGGCACGCGCACCAAGACCACGACCUCUUCCUCGGCUGCGUCGACGUGGCGCUCACCAAAUCACCGCCGACGCCAGAAGUGGGACCGAUAUGGGUGAUGGUCCAUGCUGCUCGCUACGAAGGCGUGCCGACGAGAGGCAUGAGCUUGGAGGUGGUCGUCUCAUACGUGCAAGCGAGCAAUUUGCGCCGAACAAAGCCGGUCGAGGCGGCGCCAAGCGUCGUCGAUCCCGCGUUCCGCUUCCGUGUGCCCCACUUGGACAUCAACUGGGCCGAUGUUGUCAGCACCAACGUGCACGAGAUCUUCUUCCUCGGCACGACCGAACCGCUCCUCGCGCUCCAGAGCACCGUCCUGUACGGCAACACGCUCGCAACCUUGGACAUACCGGUCGAGAAGGACCACGAAAAAGCCUUUCAAUUGUGCCAGUUUGCAGCCCAGUACCUCCAAAGCUGCGUCGACUUGCUCACCCAGCGCCAAGCGCAGUACGAAGGUGCUUUGACCGACCUCCUCCAGCGACAAGCCGACCUCCGCGACCAGCGUCAGGCCAAAAAGCACCUUCUUCACAAGCUGCGUAAGCAAGCCACCGACUGCGACGUGCUCCUCACGGCCUACGACGUCGUUGCCGCCAAGCUGCCACCGCCAACGGCAGCACCACCUCCAGCGACAAGAACCGUGCCACCGAGCGCUGCCCCGAUCGCUCCUGCCGAGACGACACCGUCGCUGCCGUCGGUGGAGAAGACAACCGACCACGAAUCGCUCAAGGCGACGGCCAUGCUCGCAACGUACGAAGAACGCAUGGAGAAGCAGCGACUCGCCAAAGAGGCGACGCGGGCCGAGCGCAUUGAAGCCGAGAAGCGCCGCCUUCUGCAGACAAUGGCCGAGCAGGCCAAGCAGCGCGAGUGGCGCGACGCCGUCGCGCUCCAGGACAGCGCCGCCGUGCACCGCGCGGCGUGCCGACUCCAAGCUUGGUGCCGACACCUCGCUUUCCGAAAUCGAUACCGGCGGGACCACCAGCGAUUUCUUGCCGCGCAGUGCAUUCAGGCCAAAGUUCGGCAGCGUCUUGCAACGCGUGCUGUCCUGCAACUCCGCCGACGCCGUGCGAUUGAAGCUACCCAGGCGCACCUCCGGUACCAACACGUCCAGCGGGAGGAAGCAGCGCGUGUCGAGGCGCAGCGCCAGGUCGACAUCAAGGCGCUCGAGCCUGUUCUGCUCUUGUGGAACGAUCUCGAGCAUGCAUUCGCCACCGCCGUCGAAAACGGGACAGACGUCUUUGGCUUCUUUGACCGGAAGCGAUGCGGCAGCGUCGAUCGGGCGUCGUUUCGGCAGCAGCUGGCGCGGCUCGGCUUUGACGUGCCCCGCCCGGUUAUCCGCCGGUUGAUCCAGCAGAUCCAUGUCAAGAACCAGACUGAGUCGCCCCACCUUGUGUUUACUCGGCUGCAGUUCAACACGGCGUUUGGGCUCCAAGAUGUGGUGCCACCACCACCCGCCGUGAUCGAGCCCAUUGCCGUCGUCGCACCGCGCGUGCAGGAAGACCACGUGCCAUUGGACGAGACCCCACCCACGCCCACUGGCAACAUGGACUCGAUCGAGCACCUCAGCCGAGUCAUCCACGCUCUCCGUGAACGCAUUCUUGAGGCCGCGACCGCUCGCCUCGGACGCGGCACGUCGCUCUCGUUCGAGGCGAUGAAGGCCGCACUCGCAUCGGUCUUUGAGUCACUGGACACGGAGGCUUGCGGCGAUCUACCUCUCGCGACGUUCCGCGACGGUCUGCAGUCGGCGCUGCACUUGCAUUUUGAAGACGACGUGUGGGCGAUCGUCGACGCGUGCUUGGAUGUCGACGGCAGCGGCUCCGUUAGCAUCACCGAGUUUGUCUCGUUUGCAUUGACCUCGCCCGCGUCCGAAGAGCUCGGUGUGCUCGGCUAUCGGCUCCGCGAUGCGAUUCUGCAGCGGGUCAAGGCUGCGCGCAAAGAGGCCGGUGGUCUCGAAGCCGCGGUGCAAGCCGUGUUUCGCCCGCUGUACAAGCACGCAACCGAUGUCGCACCCGUGCCCGCCUUUUGCCACACGCUCAAGCAGCUGCACCUUGGGUUCUCGCCCGCGCAGCUCUCGCGCCUCGUCGUACGCCUCGACCAUGACGGCGACCAUACGAUCUCGCUCGACGAACUCCUGCGCUGGCUCAAGCUGCGCUCGGGCCCCAAGGUCGUCGUCGCGCAGGAGCCACAGCCGCGCCUGAGCAUGUCGAGUCUUGUCGUCAAGCAGGUCCGCGAGGCGCUGGUAGCGGUCGCGCAUGCACGCCACGCUGGCAGCGUCAAGAGCCUCUUUGAUGCGAUGGACGCCAACGGCAGCAAGCAGCUCAACGCACGAGAGAUCCACGCGUUUCUAAAGGAGCAUACACCGCUGCCGUUUUCGGCCAUCGAUGCCGCGGUGACGUGCAUGGACGUCGGGGGCAACGGCGUCGUCUCCAAGAGCGAGCUCGUCGCCUUUUGCAGCGAAGCGACCGAGAGCGAAGAAGUCGGCGUCCUCGCCGAGCACUGCCGCGCCGCGCUGGUGCACUUGGAGGUGCCAGCGCUCCAAGCGUGGUUUGAAGCAUUGGACCCGACAUCGCGUGGCCAAGUGCGCGUCGGUGAAGUCAAGAAGGCGCUCAAGAAGCUCGUGAAGCUUCACGACCACGAAUUGGACCUCGUGCUUCUGCGGCUCGACAAGGACAAGAGCGGCGCGAUCUCGACGGCUGAGAUGCUCUCGUGGGUCCACCCUGUCCGGGACAUUGAAGUACUCUUGGCGCUCGUUGAGAGCAAUGCCUCGCUUCAAGAUCUCUCGAUUGAGGCAUUGGUCGCCGUCUUGGACGCUGACGGCAACGGUGCUGUCGGCAUCGACGAGCUGCACGCGGGCCUGAAUUUGUUUGGACUUCGGCUGCAGCGCGCGGAAGCCGCGCUGCUACUGGACGAGUUUGACAUUGAUAACGACGGGAUUCUCACCAAGGGCGAGCUCAAUGCGAUGCUGACGAGCAACACGAAGGACACUUAUAGCAGUGACGAAGACGAAGGCAAUGACAGAGAUGCCCCAGACGAUGCGUAUGGCUAUGGCGAGGACGGAUUUGACGACGAGUGA